AGUUUGCAGUUUUGCGUUAGUGUCAAGGAAUUGCUACAGCUGCUGCCGUCGUCGUUUUCUAGUCGCAUACAUGCGCAAGUGAGGGUAGGCGCAAAUCACCCACCAACCGAAGGGCGAUUUUGAUUGAUAAGGCAUUUCAGAGGCGACGGCAGUGUUUGCAUUUUGCCACGCGAAGUGUGCGUCGAAGUAAGACACCUUUCUGCAGUUGUACAUCAUCGUAAAGUACGGUAUCGGGAAUGGAAGCGGUUCCGAUUGGAGAAGAACAACCGGAAGAAAAGGAGAAAUAUCCACAGCCGGAUGUGGAAAAUUGUGGUACGGUCGAAACUGUUGCGUCAACUGAGUGUACUGACAGCCGGAAAGAAGCUACUGGAAUGGAUGUAACGAACGCCACCGGGACGAAGGACGAGGAGAAGGAAAAUGCUAUCCCUCAGGGCAGAGGUGGGGGAGAGGCGGCAGAAGAGGCGAAGACAAGUCAAACCACGGACGGAGAGGAUCGAUUGGAUGAACGAGGUUUGGAUAGCUCACCGGAUAAAUUCGGCCCCACGAUGGGGGCCAACACCAAAGAAGAAGCUGUAAAAAGCCCCGAACUAGAGGUUUUCUCCAUCGACGAUGAGGAAGAGCACGAAGAAGAGGAAGACGAUGAAGAGGAAAUGGACGACGAAGAUGAGGAAGAAGAAUAUGACGAGAUGGAUGAGGACUACGAAGUGUACGUGGAGGAGAAGGAAUCGGCCAAUCCGCAAAACUCCAUGGACGACGACGACUACGACAACGGGUCCAAGUUAGAUCUGAGCACCGACGAAUAUACGGACGGGGAAACGGAAGAACUAUCUCCAGAAAAAAUGGAACCAAAAUCCGCUUCCACAACGUUGCACAAAACGCCAUCGUCGGAUCUUGAACAGGAUGUGGAGGAUGAGGAUGACGAUGUGCAGAUAAUAUCGUUCGAUGAGGAAAUCGAAGAGGAUGAUGAAGAGGAAGAGGAGAUAGAAGAGGAGGAAGAUGAAGAUGAAAGUGAGCUGGACGAGAAAGUGGAGAACGAGGAACCGAAAAGUCAUGCGGAGAAACCGAAAUCCGGUUCAGGUGCCCGUCACAGUCCACCAGGGCUUCCGAUGAGCAGUGUAAAGUAUCGCAACUAUACGCAGAAACAAGUGGCCAGCUUACGACACCGAGCUAUUCGAAUAUUAAACAGGCGAAGCAUGCACGUUAUGGAAGACAAUGAUGAUGCGCGAGCGGUGUCUUCGGAUUGUAAAGUAACGCAACUAUCGACCGAUUUACAUUCUGUGUUCGCCACGCCCAAACAGUCAGGGCUCGGGGAAAUACUUCUCAAAGCGCAGGAGAAAACCAGCUACGUUGCCGCUUCAAUCACUCCGGCGGACAAGCAAAACGAAACCAAAGAUACCGGAAUUACUGCGGGCGGUGAGCAAGGAGAUUCGAAGGUACAGCCAAAACACCCAGCUAGUGAUACGGCGGCAGACGCAGCGGAAGCGGCUGCAAAGCCUACCAACAUUAUCUCCAGCACGACCUCAUCCCAUUCGGACGACAAGAUGCCGACGGCAACGGCGGUCGAGGUGUCGGAGAAGAUUGCCGAUUCGAGCGAUGAUGCCGUUUCGGUGCUGUCGUCUUCAACGUCGGCAAAGAAAUCGGUGACUGCAAUUACGCCAACGGUAAACAGUUCCGCCAGUACGGAAGCUGCUGAACAGAAGGGCAAAGCCACGGAUGAAAGCACGACCGACACGACGGCCAAGGCUAGUGAGGUUGCUAAAGAUGCAUCGUCUGCUAAGGAAACUGAUUCUAGUUCGGUUGGUUUAGAUAAGCAGGAAAGCAACACUACUAAUACUGUAGAACCAAAUAGCCAAACGGAAGCCAUUUGUUCUCCCAGGGCCAAUAGCGAGCCGACGGCAGAUGAUGUAAUGGCAGGGAUUGACGAUUUUAUGGAUCAUACGGGCAGUGAAGGUGAUGAGGAAAAGCAGCACGAGAAAGAGUUCAACGAAGAUCUUACAUUCCAGAUGGACGUUGAUCCACCCGUCGAAAAGAGCUCAUCGAUCUCGAUCUCGAAGGAGAAGAACGUGGAAAGUGCCAUUGACUUAACAUCUACCAGCGAACCUUCGAAGGAGAAGGGUGAAGAAUCGUCAUCGUCUGAGACGCACCCAGGCGAUCGUAUCUCGACAGGACCAUCGAAAGAACCACGCGUGGAUAUGCACGAUAAAACGGUAGUGACAUCCACACCCGUUACCAAUCAGAAAAAAGGCCAACAGAAGCGGUUGGAUCUUGAAGAGCAGGAAGAGGCUUGCUCUUCAUUGGAGGUAAAGCAAGAACAUGAACAAGCGAGCGUUGUAAAUGAAGCACAAAAUUUGUCCAAACAGAAAUCUUCUGAGGCUCGCGGUGACGGCGACAGUGCACAUUCAGCACAGAAAGUAGUACAAUCGGAUACAUCAACAUCCACCAAUCGGAAACGUAGACGAUCCGUGGAGAUCGAGGCGGAUCGACAGGCCAGCGCCGGUGCUGACUCUGAAGAAUCAAUUGAACCAGCGAAGAAGCUAAAGCUCGAAGUGGAAGCGACCUAUCCAACACACGAACGGGUCGUGAAUGACUAUAUCGAAACGACCCAAAACACCUCGGUAGACGAGAUUCAGAAUCACACGGAUACGCUGGUGAAAGAAAUCGAGGAUCUGAACGAUAUGAUCCGUGAGACGGAGGUCAAGUGGAACAAUUUGUUACAUCUGAAGAAGGUAAAGGAGGAGAUUCUGUUGCGGUUAAACCGCCGUAAGCACGUGAUCGGUAUUAUGGGCACCCAGCUGGGUGAGGUGUCGGUGUUCAGCCACCUCGAUUCGUCGAACCUAAGCAGUCAGCAUCACCACCAGCAGAGUGGCCGAUCAUCCUCCGUUGGUCCGCGUCCACCAACACCCCCGCCGGAGGUCGAAAUUCGUCCUGCUUCCGUGACGAACUCGAUGCACUACGGUUUUAAUGCAUCGAACAGCAGCGGCGGCAACAGUGCCACGAACGGUGGCGAUAAACAAGGUAGCCAUUUCGGUAACCACUCUCGGAUCUCUAACCGACGCAGUAGCAGCAACUGCGUCCACACUAGCGGGAACACUUCCAGCAAAGCGCGUAACGCGAAGGAUACUAACAGCUUCGUGUCGCAGUUCAAUAGCAGCAACAAUGCCGUCACAAUGGUACCACUGCCAAAUACGACAUCCAUGAUUAUGAAAGCGCGUGCCAGCAUGAAUGCGGCCGAGAUGGAGAAGGAGCGGUCCACGGCGGAACAGAUCCAUCGGCAGAUCUUUUCCAAACCGAUUCUCAGCAACCAUCAGCAGAUCCUGAACAAUCUGGCCAUGUCGGCCGGUUUGACGGGGUCGUCUGGUAGUGCUAGCGGAUCGAACAAUUCGAACAGCACGGGGCUACUGAACGGCCAUCAUAAUCCCGGUGGGUCGAACUCGCAUGCGGCAAACCAACAGCAGCUCCAAAUCGGUCGACAGGGUAUGCGUAAGGACGUGAGCAGUAUUAUAGCGGACUACCGGCAGAAGCAUCCGGAGAAUGUACCGCGGCGCGGCCGACGGUUGAAGAAUGUGGGCGGCAACAGUGCCAGCAACAAUGGCACGUCCGCGGGAAACAGUAUCGGAUCGUUUGGGGAAGGUGGUGCCAUUAGUUUGACCGCGCUGUCAGGUGGAAAAUCGCCGUGCGAUGGAAAUGUGCGUUCCAACUCGUCGGCUAGCGUGUCGACUCGUAUAUCGGAACUAUUGGCAGCUGCCGAGACGUCGCGUCCCUCCAGCAACGAUUCGAGCCAAAGCAACUCGAACCUGCUGUCGUCGCUGAUGUCCGCAUCCGGUGCGGCCAACAGCAAUCAGCAGUUCUUUAAGGAUGUGCUUGCCCAGUUUGCCAAGAUGAGCCAGAAUGAGCAGAGCUUGCUGUCGAACCUGCAGCUACUGUCCAACAAUGCCACUUCCGGUGCCACUAACACCGUCUCGUCUCCGCAGCAGUCCCCGCAGCAGCAUCACCAGACGCACCACCAGGCUGGCAGCCUUCAUCAACCACAAUCGUCCUUGCUGUCAAAGGCCUCCCUGCCCGAGGUGACACUCCAUCCGGUGCCGAAUUCAACGGCGCAUUCGGACAUGCUGGGUGGCAAUGUGUCAUACGGUAACGGUUCACUGAUCGGUGCGAAUCUGAGCGCGGUUAACAGCAGCACCAACUCGCUGCUGCAUGGAAUUCUUACCAAAUCGUCCAACCGGCCGGGCCAAGCAGCGUCUGCAGCAGUAGCUGCGGCUGUCGGGAACUUCAAUACCUUCUCGCCAACGCUAGCCCGAUUGCUUACCGUACCGGAACGGAUGAAUUCGCAGUCGUCCUCAACGGUAACAUCCGGUGCACUGGCUAACCUACAGAACAACAGCCUCACUGGUGGAUUGAACCUAUCGAAGAACAGCAGUGAAAUAUCUAUCACACGCCUGGGAGGGCCCAAUUACCAACUACUUUCGCAGCAACAGCAGCAACAAACGCAGCAAAGGCUUCGUGAGCAGCAACUGUACAAUUUGGACGAUGAAGCAGAUGACAGUGCCGAUCGGUUGGUAAUCGAUGAAGGAGACGACAUGGGCCAAAGGGAUUCUAGUGUACUGCACGGUGGCAAACGUCGCGGGGCCGAAAUAAACGAGAACGAAGUGCCACAAUGUCAGGGCUGCAAGAAACAGGAAGCCAAGUUCGUGUGUGCGGGCUGUGGCAAUCAGUGGUACUGUAGCCGAGCGUGUCAGGUUAACGCUUGGGAUGAUCAUUCGGAAGUUUGCAGCGGUUAGGUUCGCUUGUGAUGGUCGGUCCCAUCAUGGUUUAAAUCCAAUAUGGUCCGAGUUCACCAUACAGCUCCAACAAACGUUUAACUAUUUUUCUUAUUUAGGUUUAGAGUUUAAAGCAGAGUUGAUGUUCAACUUAAAUCAUACACAUACACAACAUUAGAUGAUGCGCAAUGUUCAUUGUACAGAACGUAUAAAACGGGCUGCCGUAUGUAUUAGAAAUGCAAGAAGUGGUUAUUUUUGCCCUUUGAUUAUCCUGAGCCCUUUGUGCGCGUCUGAGUGAGUAACUAUCAAACACUCGGGCGGGAAUAAUAGGCAGAGGAAACAUUACGCGACACAAGAGCGUACUUUUGGGGAACAUAUGAUAUUGGGGUCUUUGUUACAGUGUCGUCAUUUAAGCAUGCAUUGAGCAGUUCCGAAGUUCAUUAUUAAUGCAAUAAUUAUUCCUUCGAUUGCAAAUUAUGCUACCCAAAAUGGCACCAAUGUGUACAUAGAAUGCGUGCCACGGACCUGGUGCAGAAAGGAAUGUAAUGCACUCGUUUAUUCUACCAAGGGAAACAUUGAUUUACAGUGUUGUGAUACAUACAAAUUAGAAAGAUGCGCAUUUUUCACUCUUACACCACUGCACAGACGCGCAAGUGUCUAGCUUCCGGUUUUAAGUUGUAGUUUUCGUUUUACUUAAAUUGAUUGGAAGUACAUGAAUUUCUUACAUAUAUAAAUGCUUUUCAUAAUUAGCCAAGCUGUAUCAUGUAGAUUGUAUGUAGAAUUUCAUUACAAAAAGGACGAUGAGGAAAGCUGGCAAGUGUGUCUUUUUACCAUGUAUGACCGCUUGCGAUGGUUCCACGUUCUUAGAAAGCUGUUGCAAACACGUGUUAAACAGCAUUACAUACACGCUAAUUUAUUGGACAAAUGUAAGCGAAACGUAACGGUGAACUAUUUGUAGCAUAAUAUUCUUUCCUAAAAUGCGUAUCAAAUUUAUCCUAACCCUGUCGCGUAGCGUGCAAGAACUAUCAAGAUGGAAUGAAGGCAAAUACAUGCGACAAGUGGAAUGAUAGUUGGCGACAAGUAAAAAGGGAAUUUGUAAUUAUUCUGUGCGUCAU